AGAGUGACUGGGCUCAAGGCUCAAAAGGGAGAUGACCAUCAGCUGGGAGAAGCUCGGCUAAGACCAGGACGAGAGAAAAGUACAGCAAGCCUGGAACCCUUGCCAUUUGCAAUGGGAUUUUCACCCCACCCCUGUCUAUUUCCAGUGUUGCUGGGUUGCCAUGCUGUGCCCGAAGGAGCAGUUCUGGGACGAGCUCUUGCAGAAGUGCAUGCCCUGCACCAUUGCGUGUCAGCCAAUCCAGUCCAAGGGAUGUGCCGACAUCUGCAGUUCCAUGGACUGCAGCAAACGUGUGGGCUUUUUCUAUGAUCAGCUCCUGAGAACGUGCAUAAAUUGCGCUAGCAUCUGUGGACAGCACCCCAGCGAAUGUCAGCCGUUUUGCAGAAAGGGACCUGCACCCACCUUACCAGCGCUGGCUGCUCUCCAGAGUGUCCACUGCAAGCUGGACCCUAUGUGUGACCAGAAGAUGGCUGUCUACAUGGUCUUGGGAGUCUGUCUGUGUACAUUGCUCUUUUCCUUGCUGUUGAUUUGGGUCUACUUUAGAAAACAGGGGGACAAGGUGACCUGCCGAGCCAGCACCAUCGCUUGUCACAAAAUGAAAGACAACCCAAAAGAUCAUUUAAUGGAAGCAGGAAGUGUAAGGAGUGGAUCCAGUGGCAGCCAGACCCCAGAGCCCAUUGAAACCUGCGGCUUCUGCUUCCCCGAGUCAAGCCCCGCCAUUCAAGAAACCAGGGCAUGUCAUAGGACUUACCAACUUGGAACACAAGGGGACACCACUGCUGCAGGGAUAGCAGGCGCAGGGAAUGCAGGAACCAACCCUACCCCUGAGGAUGGUCACUUCCAAAUAAUAUGCUCUCCCUCACAAGAAAAGAUGCAGAUGACCUGAGCUGAACUGGGAGGCAAUGAGAUACUACAGGAGCAAGCCCACACUCCACACUUAAGGAAGCUGCUUGAAUUUUUGAGGUCCUUCCCCUGCACAAUUCCCAUGGGCAUGCCUCCUUCAAGAGCCAGUUUAUACGAUCUGCAGAAUCCAAUGGGUAAAUCACUUCCUGGACUCUACCACUUCAGGACCACAGGAGGUGGUGGUGAUCUGCAUGCCUGAGUUCUUCCCUGUGGAAAGAAUUCCCUGCAGAAAGGAGUUCUAUAGCCUAGAUGUCUCCCUGAUAUACUAGUUACUUACAUUAGAAUUUUCACCACUGGUGUAACACCACAAGAGGAAAGCCCAACAUUGUCUCUCUUGCAAAAAAAAACUAGCAAGAAACAGCAUUCAUCUUUGAAGACAGUGUCUGUUCACAGGAAAAGCAUCCAGAGCGCUUGAAUGAAAUGCCUACAUUUCUAAUGACAAUUGGAAAUAAAUGUGCCUAUUUUCUGCAAUACAUGCAGAGCAAUU